UCGGGCGCCCUCUGGUUGUAAUUAGCCUUACCGCGACACCGGGGCACUGUCGUGGCUCGACCUUCCCUUCCCCUUCACUCGUGGGACCACAUGGCAGAGUCAAACAAUUUAUUAAAAAAGGCAGAAGUGCCUAAUAUAAACCAGGUCGAUAACGACCUUUCGGUAAAUAGUGCCGAAUUACCAACAACAUCGCAGGCAGCUAAGGGCAAACAAUGCCCUCCAACUGUCAGCGAAAGUACCGAUAUGGAAGUUGACGACAUGGCCCUGGGGCCAGAUGGCAAAGCUUCUACCAUAUCACCAGAGGAAGAGGAGAAACUAUUAUCUUCUCCCACUCGUGACGCAGGAAGAAAGGACGAAGACAAGGUGCGGCUUUGCGGUGCCGCCAGAAAGCGCCUAAAGUACUUCCUAAGAAAAGGUCACAGCAUUGACGAGGCAAGAGAGUUGGCUCAAAAACCAGCUGAUCUGAAGCGACAACGCUCCAGCAGCACCACGCCAAAGCAAAGCUCCCCUAAACGUGCCAAUUUACAGGGGAGCCCUAGCGUUGGACAAAAGGCAGAAGAGCCUACCGAAACGGAAGGACCAAAGGCAGCAGUGCCUAAUCCAGAAGUCAAGGUAGACUCAACAAAAAUGUCUUACAAAGACGCGGCGUGUAGCACGAAGUUGGGAAUAAUUCCUCCUGACUAUCCCACUACAGUAUGGUCGACGGAAAGACUAACGGCCAUACAACAUGCUAUCCUGGAGGCGAUAAGGAAAAAGCAGACUGGCGCUGCAAAGCCCAAAUUUAAUAGCUGCACCUUUCGCCCAGGAUAUAUAGUUAUAUCAUGCGGCUGCGAUGAUACGGCUAAUUGGCUAAAGGAAGUAGUUCCUAAGCUGAAGCCGUGGAAAGAUGCACAGCUGAAGAUUGUGCAGGAGGCGGACAUACCGCGCCCACAAAUCUUCGUUGGUCACUUUCCAGAAUUGGACAGCCCCUCAACUGAGGAUAUCAUUAGCCUCCUUGACGGCCAAAACGAGGGCCUCAACACCAAUGACUGGCGGGUGCUCAACAGAGUGCGCAAGGGCACUGUGGUAGAAAUUACCAUUGCUAUUGACCCAAUCUCCGCAGAAGUCAUAAAGACUUCCAAUAACUGGUUGAACUACGGGUUCGGUAAAACCCAACUUCGGCCAAAAUCUAAAGGCCCGAUUGAUCCGCCUAAGGUUACCGAACAGGACCCUGACCCCUCGGCGAAACAAAGCUCUGAGAAAGCGGGAACUUUGACUCCAACGGCUUCAAUAGCCCAGGACGAUAAGGCCAGCUGCUCCAGACACGAGCCAGAAAAGCCAACAACAUCCGGCACAUGGCGCCAUAACGUGGCCGAGGGUAUCCGCAUGCGACCCCCGCUGCAGGCUGAUAAAAAAGCGCACAGCCACAAGAAGGAUCGAAGGGGGGAUCAGAUGUCCGCUGAGGAAGCAGUCCUGCUGAAAAGCAACCGAGGCAAGAAAAAGGCAGCCAUUGCCAAACGAAGGAUCACUAGAUGACCUGGCCUAAGCAAAAACCCUACAACACCAGAAGGCAACUCGGAUGCCUUCAAAUAAAUCUCCAUCACGCAAAAGCAGCCUCGGACGUGCUUACGAGGAGAUUUAACCAAGAACUCUUGGAUGUAGCUUUCAUUCAAGAACCAUGGGUACGUAAAGGAGUCAUUCAGGGACUCCAGAGCGCAAACGUUCAUUACAGAAGACCUGGUGGCGAUUUGGGUAAAAGUGCCAACGAGCAAAGGUGAGCAUGAGGUAGUACUUGCCUCCGCCUACCUUCCAGGAGAUGAGGUCACUGCUCCAACAAGGGAGGUUAUAGCCCUGGUGGAAUAUUGUCAGCAAAAACGUCUCCGGUGGAUCCUCUGCUGUGAUGCAAAUGCGCACCACACAGCGUGGGGAAGCACAAACAUCAAUCCAAGAGGUGAGUACCUUAUUGAAUUUCUACUUAGGUAUAAUAUAUCUAUCCUAAACCGAGGCAACGAACCUACAUUCAUUAAUGCAAUCAGAGGUGAAGUCCUUGACAUCACUCUCUCUAGCCAUAAUGUUUUGUCCGAAGUCUCAAAUUGGCAUGUGUCAGAGGAAACAUCUAUGUCGGAUCACAGACAUAUUAGAUUCGAUAUAGGUGCAACCAAACCACAAAUGACAAUUUACAGAAACCCCAGAAAAACUAACUGGGACUACUUUCACUUCUAUUUAGAACAAAGUGUUAACUGCUCUAAGCGUCACAUUCAGCUUAUAUCUGAGCUUGAGUUCGAAUCGAACGAACUACAUUCAAACAUAAUAUCUGCGUUUCACGAAAGUUGCCCAGUAAAAGUGAAAAAGCCACAAAGAAAUGUUCCUUGGUGGAAUAGUACACUUUCCAACCUGCGUAAAGAAACAAGAACCCUAUGGAAUAGAGCUAAAGCAAUGGGGGACUGGUCCUCCUACU